CAUAAUUGAUCAGCCCAGUUGACCCUCGUGAUUAGCGACACAUCGGUUGUACAACGAUGGCGUCUUCCGCCCAAGGAAAUGGAAAUAAAGUACAAGACGAUCCAAAGGCCGAAAACUUGAAACUUCUAGCUGACGUAAACGGAAAGAAAAACAAAACUACAUUCAAAGGACCCAUCUCAGACAGGUCAUGCACGGACAUUCCCUGCUGUAUUCUGUUUGUGGCGUAUAUUGUUGGCAUGGUUGUUGUAGGAAUUAUUGCUUUCAAAGAAGGAGAUCCUGAUAGACUUCUGUUGCCACAAGAUUCGCAAGUUAUGAUGGAUAAAAAAUAUCUGCUGUUCUUUGACAUCAGUACUUGUGCCACAAAGGGUGGAGAUUUUACCAAAUAUGUUACAGUUCCUUCAUGUCCCACACCACAGGUUUGUGUUAAAUCUUGUCCAGAGAAAAAUCAGCUAGGGUAUGACCCAGAACCAAGUAAUAUGGUCUGCAAAGAAGGAGUUGAGGCUGUUACCAAGAGCAACAGAAAAGAAUUGGUCCUACAAGGAAAAUGUGCACCAUACUAUUUGGCUUCAGAGCCAGUUUUGUAUCGAUGCAUACCAACCUUGGCAACUGACUUGCUUGCCAACAGCUCAUUCAUAACAAAUCUUGCUGGAAAUAACAUAACCAAAUCAGUCAUUGAAGCUGGAUUACAAGGGCUUCAAUUUCUUUUAAAUGCACAAAAUUUUGGAAUGUCGAUAUUUGAGGACAUUAAAGCUGUAUGGCACUGGUUGUUAAUUGGGAUGAUACUGGUUUUAGUACUUGCAUUUAUCUACAUUCUCAUCACAAGAUGGAUAACAGGCCCUCUCAUCUGGUUCAGCAUCAUUGCUGUCUUUGCCUUGAUUAUUUAUGGGAUGUACUUUUGUUACAGCAAGUACAAGUUCUUAAAAGAUUCUGGCACUAGUAAAGACUUUGAGCUUAAAUUUACCCUGAACUUGGACACGUACACUCAGUCAAAAGACACCUGGCUGGGCAUUGGUAUUUUCCUGACUAUUUUGUUGGUCAUCCUCCUGUUGAUUGUUCUUGUCCUGCGCAAAAGAAUCCAGAUUGCUAUUGCCAUGAUAAAGGAAUCCAGCAAAGCUGUUUCAGCAAUCAAGACAUCUUUGUUCUUUCCGAUUAUUCCAUGGCUGCUCCAGCUUGCUCUGUUUGCCUGGUUUUUGGGUGUUAAUGUUUAUUUGGUGACCAAUGGAACACCUGAGUAUAAGGUGAUCGAUGUUCCCACAGAUGGUGAUAAAUACAACUUAACAAACGAGAGUAACUGUAACCCACAGACUUUUGAAACUGAUCAUCCCAACACCAGUGCAAGUUGUGUUAUGGCUGGAUAUAAGGAAAAUGUACAUCUGUUUCGUAUGCAAGUUUACCAUUUCUUUGGCUGGUUGUGGAUCAUGAACUUUAUCAUUGCCCUUGGUCAGUGUGCACUGGCUGGUGCAUUUGCUUCAUGGUAUUUUGCCUUCCACAAGCCGGAUGAUGUUCCUUCACUCCCAAUCCUUAAAUCGUUCUGGCGCACCAUAAGGUACCAUACUGGAUCGUUGGCCUUCGGAGCUGCAAUUAUUGCCAUUGUCCAGUUUAUCAGAGCUGUGUUGGAGUACAUUGAUCGCAAAGUUAAAGAGUCUGGCCAGGAUAGCAAGAUUGUCAAGUUCAUUAUGUGCUGUUGCAAGUGCUGUUUCUGGUGUUUGGAAAAGUGCUUGAAGUUCCUCAACAAGAAUGCUUACAUCAUAAUUGCCAUCAAAGGAAAGAAUUUCUGCGGUGCUGCCAAGGAAGCCUUCAUGAUCCUGUUGGAGAAUGUUCUGAGGGUGGUAGCUGUUAACAGUGUGACGUCAUUCCUUCUGUUCAUGGGCAAGCUGUUAGUGGUUGGAAUUGUUGCGGUCUGCAGUUUCUUUUGGUUUGAUAAAAUAAGCAAAGAUGAUCCCGACACUCUUCAGUUUGAUGUGGUGCCAACCAUCGUGAUGGUGAUUUUUGCCUACGCUGUUGCAAUCCUGUUCUUCGAUGUCUAUGACAUGGCCAUUGACACCAUAUUCCUGUGCUUCUUGGAAGACAUCAAGAUGAAUGAUGGCAGUGCUGAAAAGCCUUACUUCAUGAGUGAUUCACUCAAAGGGAUACUGGACCUACAGAACCGCCCGCCCCCGGAGGGGAAUGACGAAGGUCGGAAGUGAGCCAAUGGACUACACCCAAAAAACUUUUCAACUUUCUGGAUAUUUCUUAGUUUCCUCAUUACUACUAUAUGAAAACAACAAUCCAGAAUCUAUUUUCUAGAUUUUAUGUACUUAACAAAGCUAUCGUUCAUGGAAUCCUGAUGUGACUAAUAGGUGCAGUAACCCGACUGUAACUUAAAGUCAGUCGCGUUUUGAACGACUGGGAGCCAAAAUGCAGGGGAUUUUUGUCACUGACUCGAGCCUGGCAGCAUGUAAUAUAAUUCUAGGUUAAGCUGUUGUUGGAAAUAGUUUUUUUGUGUGACUGAAGUGGGAGGUGCGCAGAAAAUUAGGAAUAUGACCAAAACUUAAACGUACGUCAUCGAAAUUGUAAUGCUUAACGUUCACACUUACCUCUCUAAGCAGAAUUGUUUGUGUCAGUGGUAGUUUUCAAUUUUGUAUUGCUAAUAAAAGGCAUUUAAGAAUUACCAUAAUGACGUGUACCCUCGUACUAAAGUAAGGCACUAGCUCUUAAUGUAUUAGACUCAAUCCUUCUGUCCUUUGAGAGUAUCUGACCAUACUAAUCUAACAACUCAAAGAAGGAAUGAAAAAUUAAAGCAACCACUCUUGUCAGA